AUGGGAUCCGCAAUCCAGCAAGACUGCACCUCUAGCAAGUUCCGCCGCAUAGGUCAGGGUUUCUGUGGAACUGUAUGGGCGGCAGAAGGGGGUAAGUUGGCGAUGAAGAGAGAGGAUGGUGGUCCUGGGCGAUCUCUCCUCAAUGACUACAACAUGCACACGCUCGUGCUCGAGACAGCCUCGCAACAGAAGGUCAACGUGCGCGUCCCACGAUGGCCGGAGUUUUUCAAGAGCGAGGACGGCUGGUGGGGCAUGAGAUCCAACCGACUACACUCCCUGCAACGUGCUCUGCGCCGAACGCAACCCACCACUGCCGCAGGAGCGAUUGCGACUAUCAAGGCCAACGACGCCGACCGAGACUGCUUGGUUCGACCCUACCUGGGCCGACGCAAGAUCCAGAACGAGACACGACGAGGACGAAACUUCUUCUCCCUGCGCAACUAUCCCUUGCAUCUCAACCAGGCGGAGGACCUCGACCUUCCGAUUCUGGAGUAUUCACAUGGGAUGGCUGAGAUACUCGCCAUGAUGCACUGGACGGCGAAGAUUGACGCGAAUGAUAUCGAGUUUGUGCUGGGAGGUGUUCAACCGCAACCAGAAAUUGCCCGCAAAGAAUACACACACGACUUUCUGGGCACUCACUCUCUGUGGGUUCUGGACUUUGACUGCUGCAAGCCGCUGACCAUGGACGACGCCGGCAUCGACCAAGCCGCUCGUGCGUUCUUGAGGAACGACCCUACGCUGUGGAUAGAAUUCCGAACCCGAUAUCUCGAGUGCAGUCAGAAUUUCGUCACUGGUACUGGCGUAACGUGUCUGGGGCUGCCCGAGAAAUUCAUUGCGCGGGUCGCAGAAAUGCACCAAAAAGGCACCGAGCAAAGCCAUUAG